UUUCCAGGCUUUGAAUAUGGAUGAAGAGGGUUCUCGUUCGUCUAUCACUGAUGAAGAAGAUUAUGUAGACGAUAAUGAUAAUGGCGAAGACUAUGAAGCGACAAUUGAAGAGGAGGAGCUUCUAGAUGAAGGGGACUACGAAGAUGAAUUGAAAGACUUGGAAGAUGAGGGAGAAAUGUCAAUUGAAGAACUUCAACGUAAGUAUGGCUAUCGUCCAGCGGAAAAUUCAUCUGCAAACAAUGAAGAUACGGAAAUCGCCGAAGAAAAUGUAGGGGAAUCAAGUUCGGCUGCUGCAGAACCGCACGACUCAACAAUUUUCGAUAUGGGUAAUUCAAUGAGUGGCUUCGACGACGAUGAUGACGACUAUGCACCACCGCCAGACCCAUGGAAAAGAAGUAUUCGUGUGGAUCCAGUACUUUUCCAAGCCGACGUCCCGCUUUUUAAUGAAGCAACGGUUGAAGAAUCUGCUCGAGAAGAUGACACUAUUUUAUGGACAAUUGAUCAGACGAAUCAGCCAAGUGAUGAAGUUAUUGACAACUAUCUCAAAGAUGUAGUAGGCUUACGAAAAGCCCACGACCAACCAUGUCCACCAGCUGGCACCGAAUCACGAGACGACGAGGACGCUCUAUGUGCUUUGUAUAGAAGCAACUUUGACACAGAAAAGGCGAAAGAAUCAUUCCCUUUUCCUCAUAUAAAUGCCCCAUUCCGCACUGUUCGCUCAGAUGCAUUGGGAUUCGAUGAGAGUGAAGCAAAGGCAUUUGAAGAGUCACUCGAGCUGUAUGGAAAAGAUUUUUCGCUGAUAAGGAGACUACGGCUACCCUACCGGAAAGUUGGAGAACUUAUCGAAUACUACUAUCAAUGGAAAUUAACCCCUGGCUAUCGAGUUUGGCGGGACGCUCAUCCACAGCAUGCGCCAGUAGUUCAGCCUCAUUUAUCUGCUGCAUGGCAUCAGCAAGUAGCUCAACUGGAAGAUCAAAAUGGUCAAACUGGAUUUGUUGAAGCCUCCUUCUCCGAGCCAUCUACUUCAGAGGAGCCAUCAACUCUUACGAACUAAAACUAGGGAACUAUUUUUUUACUUUUUCACCUAAGCAUUUAUUAUUUUCGAUCUCUGUUUAACAAAUAAUCUCGCCCCUGAUACCCAUUUACGUAAUCACAACAAUCAAAUUCCUUCGUUGUCAAAUUAAUCUGAAUCAAAUAUUCACUUUCAUAAAAUUUCAUUGUU